AGGUAGUCUCACUUUAGGUUACACUGAGGCAGCUACAUAAAGCAAAAAUGUUUUCCAGAACAUUUUACACAAAGGCCUUGUUAUGGAAUAUUUUAAUAUGUUGGCUGCAUCUUGCAGCUUCCGGAUCAUCAAAAAAUAAUGAAACAUCAGCUGAGAGCACUUCAACUUCAAAGGAUAUGGGAAUACAGCCCCGAAUAAUAGAGGUGGAAUCAAUAUCUACCACAGUUACAAAACCAAAUGCACAAGAGAGGCGAAAACACAAGGACCAAGGAGCAGCACCGGCUUGUAACAGACCAGUACAUCCGCACCAAAUGCCUCCGAUAUCUCCAACAACCACUCCGGAUAAAAUAACAAUUGUGGUAGAAAAUGUGCACGGGACAGGAAAAGAUUCCUCAAUUAACAAAACAAUCCCUCAAACUCAUAGAUCUACACCCUCCACUGGGCCUGUACCCAUCAUAAUACUUUUACCCACCAAAACGCCUACACCUUCCAUGGCACCUGUACCCAUCGUAAUACUUAUACCCACCAAAACAACAACACCCUCCACAAAAUCUACACCCUCCACACCAUAUAUACCCUACAUACUAACUAUACCCAACAAAACACCUACACCCUCCACGACAACAUCCACAUUGUCUACAACUACAGUCUCCACACCACAUAUACCCUUCAUAAUAACUAUACCCAACAAAAUACCUCCACCCUCCAUGACAACAUCCACAUCUUCUACAACUACAGUCUCCACACCACAUAUACCCUUCAUAAUAACUAUACCCAACAAAAUACCUCCACCUUCCAUGACAACAUCCACAUCUUCUACAACUACAGUCUCCACACCACAUAUACCCUUCAUAAUAACUAUACCCAACAAAAUACCUCCACCCUCCACGACAACAUCCACAUUGUCUACAACUACAGUCUCCACACCACAUAUACCCUACAUUAUAACUAUACCCAACAAAAUACCUCCACCCUCCACGACAACAUCCACAUCUUCUACAACUACAGUCUCCACAACUACAGUCUCCACACCACAUAUACCCUACAUAAUAACUAUACCCUACAAAAUACCUACACCCUCCACGACAUCUACCUCCACAGCACCUAUACCCUCCAUAAGAACUAUACCCUUCAAAACUUUAGUUGAAACAACAUCUCCAAAAACAGUUGUGCAAGAACAUAUGCAAGAAGCUCCUUCAUGUAACAUCCGAGUACCUCCAUUGCAAUUUCCCCCAGAAUCCACAACAGCAACCACAGCUGAAACAACAUCUACAACUUCUCCAAAGGUAAUUGUGAUAGAAAAUGCACAAAACCAAAGAGUAGGUCCAACAUCUGCAUCUCCUAAAACAUCUACACCUUCCACAACAACUGUCGAUAUAUCCACAGCACCCACACCCACCCCAACUGCAAUUACAACUGCAGCUAAAACAAUAUCUCCACGUACCCCCAAAAUAAUUGUGAUAGACAAUGUAGAAUAUCAAUCGGAAAGUCCCUCAAAUAACAGAGCAAUCACUCAAGCAUCCACAUCUACACCCACCCCAACUACAACCACAGCUAAAACAAUAGCUGCACUGAACCCAAUAAUAAUCGUGAUAGAAAUCAUACAAAACGAAGAAACUGUUCCCGCAUGUAACAUACGUCAACAACAAAUGCCCACAACUAUCCCGACAACUACUACAGCUGAAACAACAUCUACAAUGUCCCUAACAAUUGUUGCUGAGCCACCAAUUGUUCCUGAAGAAAAUAAGCCAAGCAAUCAAGAGAAUCCAGAUUCAUUUCCAGUCGAGAAAAUAAACGCCAUUGAUUACAAUGUGGCAUUCGUUGUGGAAAGUCUGUCUCUUGAAGAAAUACAAGCAAUGCCCUUACAAACAGCAACCAUGAUUUCAGCUGAGCUCACAGAUCUGUUUGAGAAGUGCAGUUUCAAUGCAACUUUCUUAAAAUGUGUCGUAAAGUCAUUCAGAGAGGUAACAGUUAACAGCACCAGAGUGACUGCUGAUUGUUCAUUCCAAAACGUGUCCAACAUGGAACCCAUCAAACCAGAAGAGAUUUAUGAUGCAUUUAGAAAGGAGACCAAUAACCUUUCCUCACUGGGGUCAUAUGCACUGCAAAGCUACAGCCUCCUCGUAGAUGAUUUCACCCUCCAGCCCAAUGUCAAUGUUCCAGUUCCAAUCGAGAUAACAAAUCCAAUUGCUUUUAACGUGAUGUUCACUCUCGACAGUCUGUCUUUUGAAGAAGCAGAAGUGAACCCUUCAGGAACAGCAACCACGAUUGAAGCUGAGCUCUCAAAACUGUUUGAAGACAGUAGUAUCGAAGCAACGUUCUUAAACUGUGCGGUAAAAUCAUUCAGAAGGGCAAUGGUUCACAGCACCAGAGUGGCAGCUGAUUGUUCAUUCCAAAACGUGUCUACCAUUGAAUCCAUCAACCGAGAAGAUGUAUCUAAUGUAUUUAGCGAGAAGACCGGUGGCAUUUUAUUACUGGGGCCAUAUACGAUACAAAUCUCCAGCCUCUUUGUAGAAGAUGUCAAUGCACAGCCCAAUGACAAUGUUCCAGCUCCAAUCGAUGAAACAUAUCCCAUUGAAUACAACGUGACUUUCAUUGUUGACAAUCUGUCUAUUGAAGAAAUUCAAGCAAACCCUUCAGAAACAACAACCAUGAUUACAAAUAAGCUCACAGACCUGUUUGAGAACAGCAGUGUCAAUGCGACGUUCUUACAAUGUGACGUGAAAUCAUUCAGAGAAGAAAUUGUUAACAACACCAGAGUGACAGCUAAAUGUUUAUUCCAAAACGUGUCCACCAUGGAACCCAUCAAACGAGAAAAGAUUUAUGCUGUAUUUAACGAGAAGAUCGAUGACAUUUCCUCACUGGGGCCAUACGUACUGCAAAGCAACAGCCUCUAUGUAAACGAUUUCAAUGUACAGCACAAUGUCAAUGUUCCAGUUCCAAUCGAAGUAACAAAUCCCAUUAAAUACAACGUGAGUUUCAUUGUUAACAAUCUGUCUAUUGAAGAAAUUCAAGCAAAACCUUUAGAAACAGCAACCAUGAUUGCAAAUAAGCUCACAGACCUGUUUGAGAACAGCAUUAUCAAUGCAACAUUCUUAAAAUGUGACGUGAAAUCAUUCAGAGAGGUAACGCACCAGAGCACCAGAGUUACAGCUGAUUGUUCAUUCCAAAAUGUGUCCACCAUGGAACCCAUCAAGCGAGAAGUGGUUUAUGAAGUAAUUAGAGUGAAGACCCAUAACAUUACCGCACUGGGGCAAUUCCCAUUGCAAAGUGACAGCCUCUAUGUAGCAGAUUUCAAUGUACAGCACAAUGUCAAUGUUCCAGUUCCAAUCGAGGUAACAAAUCCAAUUGAAUACAACGUGACUUUCAUUGUUGACAAUCUGUCUAUUGAAAAAAUUGAAGCAAACCCUUCAGAAACAGCAACCAUGAUUGCAAAUGAGCUCACAGACCUGUUUGAGAACAGCAAUAUCAAUGCAACAUUCUUAAAAUGUGCUGUGAAAUCAUUCAGAGAGGUCAUGGCUAACAGCACCAGAGUUACAGCUGAUUGUUCAUUCCAAAAUGUGUCCACCAUGGAACCCAUCAAGCAAGAAGUGGUUUAUGAUGUAUUUAGAGAGAGGGCCUAUAAGAUGACCACUCUGGGACAAUAUCCAUUUCAAAUUGACAGCCUCUAUGUUGAUGGUUACACAGUGCAGCCCAUUGUCAUUGUUCCAGUCGAGGAAUCAAAUCCCACUAGUUACAACGUGACAUUCAUUGUUGACAGCCUGUCUAUUGACGAAAUUCAAGACACCCCAUCACAAACAGCAACCAUGAUUGCAUCUGAGCUCACCGACCUGUUCAAAAAUAGCAAUGUCAAUGCUACAUUCUUGACAUGUGUUGUGGAAUCCUUCAGAGAGGAAAUGGUUAGCAGCACCAGAGUGACAGCUAAAUGUUUAUUCCAAAAUGUGUCCACCAUGGAACCCAUCAACCGAGAAGAUGUUUAUGAUGCAUUUAGCGAGAAGACCGAUGGCAUUUCCACACUGGGGCCAUACGAACUGCAAAGCUACAGCCUCUAUGUAGACGAUUUCAAUGUACAGCACAAUGUCAAUGUUCCAGUUCCAACCGAGGUAACAAAUCCCAUUAAAUGCAACGUGACUUUCAUUGUUGACAAUCUGUCUAUUGAAGAAAUUCAAGCAAACCCUUCAGAAACAGCAACCAUGAUUGCAAAUGAGCUCACAGACCUGUUUGAGAACAGCAAUAUCAAUGCAACAUUCUUAAAAUGUGCUGUGAAAUCAUUCAGAGAGGUAACGCACCAGAGCACCAGAGUUACAGCUGAUUGUUCAUUCCAAAAUGUGUCCACCAUGGAACCCAUCAAGCGAGAAGUGGUUUAUGAAGUAAUUAGAGUGAAGACCCAUAACAUUACCGCACUGGGGCCAUUCCCAUUGCAAAGUGACAGCCUCUAUGUAGAAGAUUUCAAUGUACAGCACAAUGUCAAUGUUCCAGUUCCAAUCGAGGUAACAAAACACAUUAAAUACAACGUGACUUUCAUUGUUGACAAACUGCCUAUUGAAGAAAUUCAAGCAAAACCUUUAGAAACAGCAACCAUGAUUGCAAAUAAGCUCACAGACCUGUUUGAGAACAGCAAGAUUAAUGCAACAUUCUUAAAAUGUGACGUGAAAUCAUUCAGAGAGGUAACGCACCAGAGCACCAGAGUUACAGCUGAUUGUUCAUUCCAAAAUGUGUCCACCAUGGAACCCAUCAAGCGAGAAGUGGUUUAUGAAGUAAUUAGAGUGAAGACAGAUAGCAUUUCCUCACUGGGGCCAUACGAACUGCAAAGCUACAGCCUCUAUGUAGACGAUUUCAAUGUACAGCACAAUGUCAAUGUUCCAGUUCCAAUCGAGGUAACAAAUCCAAUUGAAUACAACGUGACUUUCAUUGUUGACAAUCUGUCUAUUGAAAAAAUUGAAGCAAACCCUUCAGAAACAGCAACCAUGAUUGCAAAUGAGCUCACAGACCUGUUUGAGAACAGCAAUAUCAAUGCAACAUUCUUAAAAUGUGCUGUGAAAUCAUUCAGAGAGGUCAUGGCUAACAGCACCAGAGUUACAGCUGAUUGUUCAUUCCAAAAUGUGUCCACCAUGGAACCCAUCAAGCAAGAAGUGGUUUAUGAUGUAUUUAGAGAGAGGGCCUAUAAGAUGACCACUCUGGGACAAUAUCCAUUGCAAAUUGACAGCCUCUAUGUUGAUGGUUACACAGUGCAGCCCAUUGUCAUUGUUCCAGUCGAGGAAUCAAAUCCCACUAGUUACAACGUGACAUUCAUUGUUGACAACCUGUCUAUUGAUGAAAUUCAAGACACCCCAUCACAAACAGCAACCAUGAUUGCAUCUGAGCUCAUCGACCUGUUCAAAAAUAGCAAUGUCAAUGCUACAUUCUUGACAUGUGUUGUGGAAUCCUUCAGAGAGGAAAUGGUUAACAGCACCAGAGUGACAGCUAAAUGUUUAUUCCAAAAUGUGUCCACCAUGGAACCCAUCAACCGAGAAGAUGUUUAUGAUGUAUUUAGCGAGAAGACCGUUGGCAUUUCCGCACUGGGGCCAUACGAACUGCAAAGCUACAGCCUCUAUGUAGACGAUUUCAAUGUACAGCACAAUGUCAAUGUUCCAGUUCCAACCGAGGUAACAAAUCCCAUUAAAUGCAACGUGACUUUCAUUGUUGACAAUCUGUCUAUUGAAGAAAUUCAAGCAAACCCUUCAGAAACAGCAACCAUGAUUGCAAAUGAGCUCACCGACCUGUUCAAAAAUAGCAAUGUCAAUGCUACAUUCUUGACAUGUGUUGUGGAAUCCUUCAGAGAGGAAAUGGUUAACAGCACCAGAGUGACAGCUAAAUGUUUAUUCCAAAAUGUGUCCACCAUGGAACCCAUCGACCGAGAAGAUGUUUAUGAUGUAUUUAGCGAGAAGACCGAUGGCAUUUCCACACUGGGGCCAUACGAACUGCAAAGCUCCAGCCUCUAUGUAGACGAUUUCAAUGUACAGCACAAUGUCAAUGUUCCAGUUCCAAUCGAGGUAACAAAUCCAAUUGAAUACAACGUGACUUUCAUUGUUGACAAUCUGUCUAUUGAAAAAAUUGAAGCAAACCCUUCAGAAACAGCAACCAUGAUUGCAAAUGAGCUCACAGACCUGUUUGAGAACAGCAAUAUCAAUGCAACAUUCUUAAAAUGUGCUGUGAAAUCAUUCAGAGAGGUCAUGGCUAACAGCACCAGAGUUACAGCUGAUUGUUCAUUCCAAAAUGUGUCCACCAUGGAACCCAUCAAGCAAGAAGUGGUUUAUGAUGUAUUUAGAGAGAGGACCUAUAAGAUGACCACUCUGGGACAAUAUCCAUUGCAAAUUGACAGCCUCUAUGUUGAUGGUUACACAGUGCAGCCCAUCGUCAUUGUUCCAGUCGAGGAAUCAAAUCCCACUAGUUACAACGUGUCAUUCAUUGUUGACAGUCUGUCUAUUGACGAAAUUCAAGACAACCCCUCACAAACAGCAACCAUGAUUGGAUCUGAGCUCAUCGACCUGUUCAAAAAUAGCAAUGUCAAUGCUACAUUCUUGACAUGUGUUGUGGAAUCCUUCAGAGAGGAAAUGGUUAACAGCACCAGAGUGACAGCUAAAUGUUUAUUUCAAAAUGUGUCCACCAUGCAACCCAUCAACCGAAAAGAUGUUUAUGAUGAAUUUAGUGAGAUGACCAAAGACAUUUCCUUACUGGGGCCAUACGAACUGCAAAGCUACAGCCUCUAUGUAGAUGAUUUCAAUGUACAGCACAAUGUCAAUGUUCCAGUUCCAACCGAGGUAACAUAUCCCAUUGAAUACAACGUGACUUUCAUUGUUGACAAUCUGUCUAUUGAAGAAAUUCAAGCAAACCCUUCAGAAACAGCAACCAUGAUUGCAAAUGAGCUCACAGACCUGUUUGAGAACAGCAAUAUCAAUGCAACAUUCUUAAAAUGUGACGUGAAAUCAUUCAGAGAGGAAAUGGUUAACAGCACCAGAGUGACAGCUGAAUGUUUAUUUCAUAAUGUGUCCACCAUGGAACCCAUCUACCGAGAAGAUGUUUAUGAUGAAUUUAGCGAGCUGACCAAAGACAUUUCCUCACUGGGGCCAUACGAACUGCAAAGCUACAGCCUCUAUGUAGAUGAUUUCAAUGUACAGCACAAUGUCAAUGUUCCAGUUCCAACCGAGGUAACAUAUCCCAUUGAAUACAACGUGACUUUCAUUGUUGACAAUCUGUCUAUUGAAGAAAUUCAAGCAAACCCUUCAGAAACAGCAACCAUGAUUGCAAAUGAGCUCACAGACCUGUUUGAGAACAGCAAUAUCAAUGCAACAUUCUUAAAAUGUGACGUGAAAUCAUUCAGAGAGGAAAUGGUUAACAGCACCAGAGUGACAGCUGAAUGUUUAUUUCAUAAUGUGUCCACCAUGGAACCCAUCUACCGAGAAGAUGUUUAUGAUGAAUUUAGCGAGCUGACCAAAGACAUUUCCUCACUGGGGCCAUACGAACUGCAAAGCUACAGCCUCUAUGUAGAUGAUUUCAAUGUACAGCACAAUGUCAAUGUUCCAGUUCCAACCGAGGUAACAUAUCCCAUUGAAUACAACGUGACUUUCAUUGUUGACAAUCUGUCUAUUGAAGAAAUUCAAGCAAACCCUUCAGAAACAGCAACCAUGAUUGCAAAUGAGCUCACAGACCUGUUUGAGAACAGCAAUAUCAAUGCAACAUUCUUAAAAUGUGACGUGAAAUCAUUCAGAGAGGAAAUGGUUAACAGCACCAGAGUGACAGCUGAAUGUUUAUUUCAUAAUGUGUCCACCAUGGAACCCAUCUACCGAGAAGAUGUUUAUGAUGAAUUUAGCGAGCUGACCAAAGACAUUUCCUCACUGGGGCCAUACGAACUGCAAAGCUACAGCCUCUAUGUAGAUGAUUUCAAUGUACAGCACAAUGUCAAUGUUCCAGUUCCAACCGAGGUAACAUAUCCCAUUGAAUACAACGUGACUUUCAUUGUUGACAAUCUGUCUAUUGAAGAAAUUCAAGCAAACCCUUCAGAAACAGCAACCAUGAUUGCAAAUGAGCUCACAGACCUGUUUGAGAACAGCAAUAUCAAUGCAACAUUCUUAAAAUGUGACGUGAAAUCAUUCAGAGAGGAAAUGGUUAACAGCACCAGAGUGACAGCUGAAUGUUUAUUUCAUAAUGUGUCCACCAUGGAACCCAUCUACCGAGAAGAUGUUUAUGAUGAAUUUAGCGAGCUGACCAAAGACAUUUCCUCACUGGGGCCAUACGAACUGCAAAGCUACAGCCUCUAUGUAGAUGAUUUCAAUGUACAGCACAAUGUCAAUGUUCCAGUUCCAACCGAGGUAACAUAUCCCAUUGACUACAACGUGACUUUCAUUGUUGACAAUCUGUCUAUUGAAGAAAUUCAAGCAAACUCUUCAGAAACAGCAACCAUGAUUGCAAAUGAGCUCACAGACCUGUUUGAGAACAGCAAUAUCAAUGCAACAUUCUUAAAAUGUGACGUGAAAUCAUUCAGAGAGGAAAUGGUUAACAGCACCAGAGUGACAGCUGAAUGUUUAUUUCAUAAUGUGUCCACCAUGGAACCCAUCUACCGAGAAGAUGUUUAUGAUGAAUUUAGCGAGCUGACCAAAGACAUUUCCUCACUGGGGCCAUACGAACUGCAAAGCUACAGCCUCUAUGUAGAUGAUUUCAAUGUACAGCACAAUGUCAAUGUUCCAGUUCCAACCGAGGUAACAUAUCCCAUUGAAUACAACGUGACUUUCAUUGUUGACAAUCUGUCUAUUGAAGAAAUUCAAGCAAACUCUUCAGAAACAGCAACCAUGAUUGCAAAUGAGCUCACAGACCUGUUUGAGAACAGCAAUAUCAAUGCAACAUUCUUAAAAUGUGACGUGAAAUCAUUCAGAGAGGAAAUGGUUAACAGCACCAGAGUGACAGCUGAAUGUUUAUUUCAUAAUGUGUCCACCAUGGAACCCAUCUACCGAGAAGAUGUUUAUGAUGAAUUUAGCGAGCUGACCAAAGACAUUUCCUCACUGGGGCCAUAUGAACUGCAAAGCUACAGCCUCUAUGUAGAUGAUUUCAAUGUACAGCACAAUGUCAAUGUUCCAGUUCCAACCGAGGUAACAUAUCCCAUUGAAUACAACGUGACUUUCAUUGUUGACAAUCUGUCUAUUGAAGAAAUUCAAGCAAACUCUUCAGAAACAGCAACCAUGAUUGCAAAUGAGCUCACAGACCUGUUUGAGAACAGCAAUAUCAAUGCAACAUUCUUAAAAUGUGACGUGAAAUCAUUCAGAGAGGAAAUGGUUAACAGCACCAGAGUGACAGCUGAAUGUUUAUUUCAUAAUGUGUCCACCAUGGAACCCAUCUACCGAGAAGAUGUUUAUGAUGAAUUUAGCGAGCUGACCAAAGACAUUUCCUCACUGGGGCCAUACGAACUGCAAAGCUACAGCCUCUAUGUAGAUGAUUUCAAUGUACAGCACAAUGUCAAUGUUCCAGUUCCAACCGAGGUAACAUAUCCCAUUGAAUACAACGUGACUUUCAUUGUUGACAAUCUGUCUAUUGAAGAAAUUCAAGCAAACUCUUCAGAAACAGCAACCAUGAUUGCAAAUGAGCUCACAGACCUGUUUGAGAACAGCAAUAUCAAUGCAACAUUCUUAAAAUGUGACGUGAAAUCAUUCAGAGAGGAAAUGGUUAACAGCACCAGAGUGACAGCUGAAUGUUUAUUUCAUAAUGUGUCCACCAUGGAACCCAUCUACCGAGAAGAUGUUUAUGAUGAAUUUAGCGAGCUGACCAAAGACAUUUCCUCACUGGGGCCAUACGAACUGCAAAGCUACAGCCUCUAUGUAGAUGAUUUCAAUGUACAGCACAAUGUCAAUGUUCCAGUUCCAACCGAGGUAACAUAUCCCAUUGAAUACAACGUGACUUUCAUUGUUGACAAUCUGUCUAUUGAAGAAAUUCAAGCAAACUCUUCAGAAACAGCAACCAUGAUUGCAAAUGAGCUCACCGAACUGUUCGAAAAUAGCAAUGUCAAUGCUACAUUCUUGACAUGUGUUGUGGAAUCCUUCAGAGAGGAAAUGGUUCACAGCUCCAGAGUGACAGCUAAUUGUUCAUUCCAAAACGUGUCCACCAUGGAACCCAUCAACCGAGAAAAGGUUUAUGAUGUAUUUAGCGAGAAGACCCAUUACAUUUCCUCACUGGGGUCAUACUUACUGCAAAGCAACAGCCUCUAUGUAAACGGUCACACUGUGCAGCCCAUCGUCACAGUCCCAGCUCCAAUCGACUUAACAAAUGACAUUAAUUACAAUGUGACGUUCAUUGUUAGUCUGCCAAUUGAAGAAAUUCAAAGAAACCGUUCAGAGACAUCAACCAUCAUUGCAGCUGAGAUCAUAGACCUGUUCGAAAACAGCAGUAUCAAUGAAACAUUCUUAUCAUGUGUUGUAGAAUCAUUCAGAGCGGAAAUGGUUAACAGCUCCAGAGUGACAGCUAAUUGUUCAUUCCAAAACGUGUCCACCAUGGAACCCAUCAACCGAGAAAAGGUUUAUGAUGUAUUUAGCGAGAAGACCCAUUACAUUUCCUCACUGGGGUCAUACUUACUGCAAAGCAACAGCCUCUAUGUAAACGAUUUCACUGUACAGCCCAAUGUCAAUGAGCCACCAAUUGUUCCUGAACAAAAUAAACCAGACAAUCAAGAGAAUCCAGGUAACUCAGCUACAUGCUCUGCACACAUCAAGUAUACGGAGAUCUCCAAGUACUAAAAGCAUUCAUAAUUCGCAAAGAACCACAAAAUAAAACCAAAACUAGGCUGUACUCCGCCCACUAUCACUACAAUGUGUCAGGUGGUAAAUGAUCAGGAUUGGAUCUCCCAGUAUGAUAUUUUAUAGCUUUUAUUAUAAUUGAAGGGAAAUUGUGGAUGAAGAAGGAAAAGUAGAGGCUUUGUUUCCAAAGGGGAGACAUAAGAGAUUACAAAUGCUGGAAACUGGAGCAAACAACAAAAUGCUGGAGGAACUCAGUAAGUCCGGCAACACCUGUGGAAGGAAAUAGAAGCGUUGACAGGGCAGGACAUGGGCAGGACCUA